ACAUGUUUCAUUUGAAUUGACAAAUGCAGGCACGAGAUAGUGGGUGUGGUAACAGAGGUAGGUAGCAAGGUGCAGAAAUUCAAAGUUGGAGACAAAGUUGGGGUGGGAUGUUUGGUUGGGUCUUGUCACUCUUGUGACAAUUGUGCUAAUGAUCUAGAAAACUAUUGUCCUAAAAUGUUAUUCACCUACAAUUCCAUCUACUAUGAUGGAACCCCAAACUAUGGAGGUUACUCUAAUAUUAUGGUGGCUGAUGAGCACUUCGUGAUUCGCAUCCCUGACAGUCUUCCUCUUGAUGGUUGUGCACCUCUUCUUUGUGCUGGGAUCACUACUUAUAGUCCUCUAAAACACUUUGGGCUUGACCAGCCUGGUAUGCAUGUGGGUGCGGUUGGUCUUGGUGGGCUUGGUCAUGCAGCUGUAAAAUUUGCCAAAGCUUUUGGUGUUAAAGUGACUGUGAUUAGUACCUCUCCCGACAAGAAGAAAGAAGCUAUUGAACGGCUUGGUGCUGAUUCUUUUUUGGAUAGCCGUGACCCAACUCAAAUGCAGGUUGUUAUGGGCACAAUGGAUGGUAUCAUUGAUACGGUUUCUGCACCUCACCCUCUUCUACCAUUGAUUGGUUUGUUGAAAUCUCAUGGAAAGCUCAUCUUGGUUGGUGCACCAGAGAAGCCGCUUGAGCUUCCAGUCUUUCCUCUGCUUAUGGGGAGGAAAAUUGUGGCUGGGAGUUGCAUUGGAGGCAUAAAAGAGACACAAGAGAUGAUAGAUUUUGCAGCAAAACACAACAUAACGGCAGACAUUGAGGUGAUACCGAUGGACUACGUGAAUACUGCACUGGAGCGCCUCGUGAAAGCUGAUGUUAGAUAUCGAUUUGUGAUUGAUAUAGGGAAUACAUUAAAAAUAGCUUAAAGUUUCUGCGUUGUGGCUCCUGAAUUUGGCUUUUCUGUUUGGACUGACUUGUGCUGUUGGAUAGGGAUAUCUCACAGAUUGCAAGCCUUAGAAGUUCUGCACUUACUUUUUCUUGUGUUGUUGCUACUGGGUACUUAUUUCUUCUUGUCAUUCAAAUUUCCAACAGUGUAAUUCAAUAUUUCAUUUUGAAUAAAUGAUAGUGGUCAAUUUUGCUAGAA